AUGAAGAGGAAGCACCAGGGCCUGUUCCCCGUCUUGAAUGACGGCGGACGAGAGCCCUCAGUGACCGUGAAUGAGAUCUCGACCGACGCUCGAGAAAGAGCCAUAGCCUAUACGGCGAGAAGGGGUUAUGAUAUCGUCCAUUUCCUCCGGGCAGUCUGGUCCAUCGUGCUGCAGCAGUUCUUGGAAACCGACUUGGUCUGCUUUGUGUUUUCCGAUCACUCAGGAGUGCAGGUUUGCGAGGUACCUGUCUCUCGCGAAGAGUCCAUCCCGAAUCUAUUGGAGCGCAUCGCAGAGUUACGGCCUUUGCCGAGUGCCCUCUGCGAGGAAACACGGAUGAAUACAGGCUUGCUGAUUGGGGAUACCUCUCUCGAGGUCAACCCUACGGCGGUCCUCGACACUUUUCGAAGGAUCCAGAAAGACAACCAGCCGUGCGACUGCCUACUAGUCUUGGAGGGAGAGCCGCCCCAUCGACUAGUUCUUGUAGCAACGACAACCAUACUCUCCAGCGACCAGGCCACAGCCGUUGCAUCCACCGUCUCCCAGGUCAUGGUAGAAAUGUCGGCAGAAGACAACAGCCGCACGGUGGGGGAUUUGAGUCUACUUAGCGAGCAUAAUCAACAAUGCCUUGUACGAUGGAACAAUUUCCAAGCUCCUCCCACCAACACCGACGGCUCGAUCCUCGACACUAUCCGCGCAAAGGCGCUUUCGCAGCCAGAGGCCACGGCAAUCCACUCACCAGAUGUAAUCAUGACGUAUCAUGAGCUCGAUACGAUCAGUAACAAGCUGGCUGUUCACCUGCGUCUCCUUGGGGUUCGCCCUGACAUCCUUGUGCCGUUCCUAUUCCAGCGCUGUCACUGGGUCAUUGUCGUACAACUGGCCGUGCUUAAGGCUGGCGGGGCAUUUGUGCCUCUGGAGCCUGCACAUCCUAAUGCCCGCCUGGCAGAGAUCACCAAGCGCACCAACUGUGGAUUCCUGCUCACGUCGGACGCCAAUGCAGGCCGGGCAGCGCUACUGGCGGAGAAGGUUGUCUGCAUCAACCACAGCUUGAUGUCAAGCCUGCCCGCCGACUUUACUACCUAUCGGCUUGUGCCAUUGUCAAGCCCAUCCAGUCCCGCCUACGUCCUCUUUACUUCUGGAAGCACGGGCCAACCAAAGGGAUGCGUCGUGGAUUGCAGGGCGAUGGCGCAGAUACCGAACCAAGCCGUCGUGCAGUCGAUGGGCCUCUCCUCGUCCACCAGAGUGCUGCAAUUCGCGUCCUAUACCUUUGCCAUAUCCAUUUUUGAGAUCUACUAUGCCCUGAGCUCGGGCGCUACGAUCUGCAUGCCAACGGACCACGAUCGGAUCAACAGCCUAGCGACAGUGAUGGACGAGAUGAAGAUCACCUGGGCAUGCAUGACCCCGUCUUUGCUGAGAACACUGGACCCUGAACGCUCGCCAGCGACGUUGAAACGAGUCUUUCUUGGCGGCGAGCCCGUGGUCAAGGGCGAGUUCGAGGCUUGGGCUGCCAUUGUCGACCUGGUGUACGUCUACGGCGCGAGCGAGGUUUCCGGCGCCAUCGGUUUCACAGAUCACCAAUGCGACGGGAAUGAAAUUGCCUAUCAGGCGUUCCCCGGCAUGAGGUUCUGGAUUUCUGAUGCUCUCGACUACCACAAGCUUGCCCCGGUGGGAGUCACAGGAGAGUUGAUCCUCGAGGGCCCCGCAUUGGCUCAGAGAUACCUGGACGACGUCCAGUCCACGUUGACUGCGUUCAUUGACCCCCCCGUCUGGCGACAGUCCUUGGGUUUGCCAAUCGUUGGCGCUGCUGCUCGCAUGUACAAGACAGGCGAUCUUUUCCGCUACGCGCACGAUGGCAGUGUCACCCACGUGGGACGGAAGGGAACGCAGGUCAAGAUCCGCGGCAAGCGACUGGACUUGGGCGAGGUCGAGUUUCAUGUGAGCAAAUGCUGUCCAGAUGUUGCGCGCGUGAUUGCGGAGACCGCGGCACCACUCGAUGCGAAUGGAGUCCCUGCUCUUGUCUUGUUCCUAUACUACUCUGCUGAUGAUGCAGGUGAGAGGACCGAAGAGACGACAUCACAAACGCUGUUUGCGGCCGCCUCCGAGCGGUUUCAGUCCAUAGUUCAGUCGACGCAGAAUAAGCUGGAACAGACUCUGCCGGAUCAUAUGUUGCCGUCAUUUUACCUGCCGCUCGCGUCUAUCCCCAUGACUGUCACUGGAAAAGUUGACCGUCGAGCACUCCGGGAAAGUGUUCAGAAGUGCACGCGGCGCGAGUUGGAGGCUUAUCAGCCUACUGGGGUUGUUGAGCUGGUGCCGCCAGAGACGGUGCUAGAGAAGGCCCUGCAUGUGGUUUUUGCUCAAGUGCUCCGAAUCGACGGUGCCACGUUUGGCGUUCACCAUAGUUUCAUACGCCUGGGAGGAGACUCCCUAGCUGCCAUGCGAGCCGUCGGUCUGUUGACGACGAAGGAGUAUAACGUGACCGUGGCUGACAUUCUGGGCCAGCCAACGCGGGCUUCUGCGGCCGCAUCAUCUCCCCCUCCCUUUUCUCUCCUUGCCGGCGGCCACGAUGAGACCAUUGCAUCCGCAGCACAGCAAUGCGGGAUGUCCAUCUCUGCUAUUGAAGACUGUUAUCCCUGCACGGCAUUACAACAGGGUCUCAUGAUAUCCACCAUGAGAGUACCCGGCAGGUACAUCGCGCGGUGCGUUUUCGAUCUCGCCCGCGGCCUCGAUCUCGAACGUCUAAAAGCCGCCUGGCAACAGACAGUGGAUGCAAAUGUCAUCCUCAGGACCAGGAUCGUGAGGCGGGCUUCGGGAGACUUGAUUCAAGCUGUCCUCGGCAAGCAAGUCUCGGCCAUCCAGUGGCAGAGCUAUCCGACUGUCGGAGCCUACAAAAUGGAAGACGCUGUCAUUCCCAUGCACCCGGGCGACGCCCUCGCUCGAUUUGCACUAAUCGGGGACGGCUUCUCAGGGUGGUCACUUGGCCUGACGCUACACCAUGCCAUCUUCGAUGCACAUUCGCUGGGUCUCUUGCUCGAGCAGACCCAGCAGGCAUACUAUGGAGCAAACCUUGACCCCAACUUAUUCAGCCCGUUCAUCGAAACGGUCCAGAAGCAGGAUGGAGCUUCGGAGAGGGAGUUCUGGACGGCGACGUUCGCGGAUAUUCAUGCCCCGGUGUUCCCAUCACUCCCACACGACAGGGCGGUGCCGAGAGCAUCAACCCACCUUGAGCGGACUAUCCCGCUCCUCUCACGGACCGGCUCAGGCAUUACAUUGUCUAACGUGGCCCGCCUCGCAUGGGCGAUUGUCGUCUCGGCCCAUACGGACUCGGAGGAUGUUGUGUUCGGCGUGACAGUCAACGGGCGAGCGACAGCAACCGCGGGAGCUCAGGACAUGACAGGCCCCACAAUUGCAACCGUUCCCUUUCCAGUGCGCUGUCAGAAGCAAAAGAAAGUCGCAGAUGUUCUUGAGGCAGUUCAGUCUCUGGCAAUCAGCAUGAUGGCUUUUGAGCAGACGGGGCUGCAGAAGAUCCGCCAGAUGAGCCCGCAGGCAGCUGCCGCUUGCGACUUCCAGAGCCAGCUGGUUUUCCAGCAGCCGGCCGCUCUCGAUCCUAGUCAUCAAGAUGAUGCGCCGCCGAUCAUGGUGGGCAAAACCGCCCUCCAUGGUCUAGAGGACUUUAGCGUGUUCAUCGACUAUGUUAUCGGGUUGGUAUGCACGCCGUCCGCUGGGAACGAGUCGCUGCAUAUCAGCGCAUACUUUGACGGUGAUAUCCUUCCGGGGUACAUGGCCGAGCGCAUGAUGGGUCAGUUUGCGAAUGUUCUGCAGCAACUCUGUGCCGGUCAGCAUGACCGUGUGGUGGGGGAGCUGGAGCUUGUCAGUGUCGAAGACAGGAAGCUUCUAACGAAAUGGAAUGGCGUCUGUCUUCCAGUGGAAAUUUCACGUACGCUCCACGACGUGAUCCUGCAGAAUGCGCAAAAAGAGCCGCUGAUGCCAGCUGUGUCAUCCUGGGACCGGGGCCUCACUUACCGGGAGCUGGACGUGCUUUCCGCCACUAUUGCUCAAACUAUUAUUAUGCAGGCUGGCGUCAAGGAGCGAGAUCGAGUAGCGCUGUGUUUCGAAAAGUCCGUCUGGCCGGUGCUCAGCAUGCUGGCAGUCCUUCGUGCUGGGGCCACUGCGGUCAACAUCGAUCCGACACUACCUCCAGCACGCAUAUCGGCGAUUUUGGAGGUAUCAAACCCUUCCCUUAUCCUCGCGUCCUCUGAAAUGGGGCCCAUGAUGCGAGAUCUGCAGACAGGACUUCCAGUUAUCGAGAUCUCCCAAACGUCCGUACCCAUGACUACUACCACGACGGAAGAAGCAGCGCAGAUACAAUGGCCAACUGUCCAGCCCAACGACGUAGCCUUUAUUCUAUUUACAUCGGGAUCGACCGGAACACCCAAAGGCAUCGUCAUCGAGCAUCGUCAUUUUACUACAGCAUUCCAUCACCACCGCGACGCCCUGUACGCCCAUCCGGGGAUGCGAGCCCUGCACUUCUGCAGCUACGCGUGGGACGUAAGCCUGCAAGAGAUAUUCUUCACCUGGGUUCACGGCGGCUGUCUAUGCAUCCCAUCCGAGGAGCAGCGCCUGUCAAAUCUCGCCGGCUUCAUCCGCGAACACCAAGUCAAUUGGGCAAUUAUGACCCCCUCCGCGUCGACGAUUCUCAGGCCGCAAAGUGUGCCCGGCCUGGAAACGCUCGUGCUUGCCGGCGAGCCCAUCCCGCUGGAGUUGAUGGAGCUGUGGUCGUCGCGGCUGCGGCUGCUGAAUGGCUACGGGCCGGCCGAGGCCUUUACAUGUGCCUUCAACCACAUCGAGCCUGGAAGCCAUCACCCCGGACUGUUUGGCCCCAUGUGCGGCGUCGUGGGCUGGGUGACGGUUCCGGAUAAUGUUGACCGGCUCGCUGCGUUGGGGGCCGUCGGCGAGCUGCUCAUUGAGGGGCCGACUGUGACGCGUGGGUACCUCGAUCUGCCGGAGCUCUCGCGGGAGGCGUUCAUCGACGCCCCGGAGUGGCUCCGCAAGAUUCGGCCGGGGGUAAAGCCCGGACAUCUCUUUCGCUCGGGCGACCUCGUGCGCGUUGCAGAGGGCGGAUGUUUCCAGUAUCUGGGGAGGAAGGACACCCAGGUUAAGGUGCGCGGGCAGCGGGUGGUCCUUACGGACGUUGAGCAUCAAGUUCGGCUUCACUUUGUGGGUGCUCAGCAGGUCGUGGCGGAGGUUAUCCAGCCCCAGGGCUCAGCAGCAGUCAUGCUUGUAGCAUUUGUUUACACAACGCCUGUUCAAGGACAGGAGGAGAAGACCCAGCUGCUGCUUCGGGAGCCAGACGAGAACUUUCUGCAAGCCUGUGCAGCAGCAGUCACGCGUCUUGAAGGCGUUUUGCCUGCACAUAUGAUCCCAACGGCUAUGUGUCCCCUCUAUCGGGUCCCUUACGGAGCGACCUCGAAGAUUGAUCGCCGCCAGCUGCGACAGGCGGCCGAACGGUUGACCCCCGAACAGUUGCAGUCAUACACCACGGGAGUAGCAGACAAUUGCAGAAAUGUCAGCAAGGAGCCCCCUGUGUCUGCUGCCGAGAAGACAUGGCAGGCGCUCUGGGCCAGAGUCUUGGGAGUACCCGCACAGCGCAUUGGACGUGACGAUCUUUUCUUCCGGCUUGGAGGGGAUUCGCUCUCGGUGAUCAGGCUCUUGGAUCUGGCUGGCCAGGAUGGUCUGCCUCGUCUUACGUUCCAAGACGUCCUUCAAAGUCCUCGGCUGAGGGAGAUUGCUGCCUUGUCUGAGACCCGCGAUUUGUCUCGCGGCAGCGACGACAAUGACGACGGGCCUGCCCCGUUCGCCCUGGUGGAGGACGCUGACGCGCUGUUGCGCGUAGCCAGUGAGCAAUGCAAGACCUCCAUCGAGACGAUCGAGGAUAUUUACCCCUGUACACCCCUUCAAGCCAAUCUGAUUGCUGCAACUGUCCACCAACGCGGGGCCUACGUAAGGCUGAAUGCCUACACUUUGGUGCCCGACAUCGAUAUCGAAAGAUUGCAGCAGGCGUGGGCAGUCACGGCGAAGCGCAACCCCAUUCUCCGAACACGCAUUUUCCAGACACCAGAUGGUUCCUCCUACCAAGCUGUCCUCAACUCGCCACUCAACUGGUCACACCACGAGACUCCAGACGAUGUAUUCGCCUCCCAGCCCGUUAUGGGCCUGGGGACACCCCUGGCCCAUCUUAUGCUAUCUCCAGGCCACUUGCACCUUGUAAUCCACCAUGCAUUAUACGACGGGUGGACCCUGUCCUUGCUGGUUGCCGAGGUCGACAAGGCGUAUCUUGGGCUUCCGCUCCCGCCAGCUGCCAAGUUCAACAACUUCAUCGCGCAUGUCGAAAGCUCCAUGCAGUCAGCAGGCGCGUUCUGGACGCAAGAGCUAAAAGACUCACCAUCGGUUCAUUUCCCGGCCUUGCCCUCUCUCACCCACCGGCCUCAACCGCGCAUAUCUAUGAGCAGGAUCAUCGACCUGCCAGACAAUCCCACCCAAUCCAACGUCACGGUGGCGUCCAAGAUCAAGUUGGCCUGGGCGCUGGUGAGCCGAGCCUACACAAACAACAGCGACACCGUGACUGGCUUUGUCUCCUCCGGGCGAACCGCGCCGGUUGCGGGGAUUGUCAAGGUUCCUGGGCCCACCAUCGCAAGUGUACCGCUGAGGAUCCGCCUCGGUGCAACCCAGCGGGUAUGCGAAGCCCUGGAAGCGGUGCAAGCCCAGUUCGUCAAGCAGACACAGUACGAGCAUCUCGGGCUGCAGAACAUCAGCCAGCAGAGUGAAGGUGGCGCAGCCGCCUGUCAGUUCCAGACUCUGAUUGCUGUUGAGGCCAAGGAGCACGAAGUCCAGGGAGCUGGAGAACGGCACACGUGGUUCUGCGGCGAGAAGGUGCUGUCGGAUAUCAACAAGUUCAGCAGCCACGCUUUGAUGCUGCAAUGCCAGACGCGUCCCGGGGGCGGUGCCAUCGAGGUGACGGCAACCUUUGACCCGGAGGUCCUGGCAUCGGAGCAAAUGCACCGGGUCCUCGCGCAGUUGGAUCAUUUCCUCGUGCAGAUCCAGGCUGUGUCCGAGGCCAGUGCAACGACGAUCGCAGACCUGGAUAUUCUGAGCGAUGAGGAUCUGCAGCAGUUGCUGCGUUGGAACGCGCUGCCUUUGCCUCCCACGCCGUGGGGACGCAACCGCUGUGUGCAUGAUCUGGUGCGUGACGCAUGUCAACGUCGUCCGGCUGCCGUGGCCAUCGAGGCCUGGGACGGCCAGUUUACGUAUCAACAAAUCGAUGACCAUGUUGCAGACCUAGCACAUCGUAUCCAAACCCUCGGCGUUGUUCGCCCGGACACCUUUAUUGGGCUGUACAUUGAGAAAUCCCGUUGGACCGUUGUGGCCCAGUUGGCCGUCCUCCGGGCAGGGGGGGCUUUUACCAUGCUCGAACCCUCCCAGCCACUUCAGCGGCUCCGAGAACUCUGCGCGAUUACCCAGCUGCCUUUGAUUUUGACGACGGAGGACCAGCAAGAGGCUGUCGCCGGACUAUUCAGCCUCCCAGUACUGGGCGUUGGCAACACUCUCCUUAAACAACGCCCCCUGUGUCUCGAGACCGGCUGCACGCGCGUGAAGCCGUCCAAUGCCAUGUAUACAAUUGCUACAUCCGGCACGACGGGAAAGCCCAAGGUGGCAGUCAUCGAGCACGGCUGCUUUAUUGCCAACAUCCAGCCGAUAAUCGACGCGGUGGGCAUCAAUGCCGACUCACGAGUCCUCCAGUUCGCAGGAUACGGCUUCGACGCGAUGCUCAUUGAACACAUGAUCACGCUACUGGUCGGGGGCUGCAUUUGCAUUCCAUCUGGAUUCGAUCGCGACAACCGUCUGGCAGAGGUCAUUACAGAGAUGGGAGCCAACUGGGCCAUGUUGACUGCAUCCGUUAUCCAACUCCUCACACCAACCAACGUGCCAACCCUCACAACCCUAGUCCAAGCUGGCGAACCUAUGCAGCAGGGCAUUGUUGACCGCUGGGCCUCGCAUGUCAGGCUGAUGAAUGCAUACGGGCCGUCCGAGUGCACGAUCCUCUCGUGUGUCCAGAAUUGCAUCCCGCCAGGUGCAGCGCCCUACGAUAUCGGCUAUGCGACAGGCGGGGUGACCUGGGUCGUUGAUCCGGACACACUCGACCCAGUUCCCAUUGGCGCCGAAGGCGAACUGAUCAUCGAAGGCGACAUCGUCGGCCGCGGGUACUUGAAUGACCUCGAGCGCACCGCCGCCGCUUUCAUCCCCUGCCCGCACUGGCUGGCCGACCUGAGGCGCUCUUCAAAUGCCAAUGGCACUGAACCUGGACCGGGAACCCAGCUGCACCGGGUGUAUCGGACAGGCGAUCUGGUCAGAUAUACCCCACGGGGAUCCAUCGCGUACAUCCGCCGCAAGGACUCGCAGAUCAAGCUUCGCGGGCAACGGCUCGAGCUGACGGAAGUAGAGCACCACGUCCAGCAGACGUUCCCGGGUGCUCUGCAGGUUGUGGCUGCCGUCUCUACCUUGGGUGGUACGGGCAAUGCUGUUUUAUUUGCAUUGGUGCUCUACGCCCCUGACGCCGCCCAGCGUUCAGCUGCGACUGACACGGAUCGCACUGAUAUCCUACUCCCCGCGAGCAACCCCGACUUCCGCAAGGCCGUCGAGACCACCGAGCUGGCUCUCGUGGAGCGCGUGCCCGCAUAUAUGGUGCCUAGUAUCUUCAUCCCCCUGUCCCGCGUUCCCCGCGACAACAACGGCAAGGUCGAUCGACGGCUGAUCAACGCACGGCUGUCGUCCCUGUCCCGGAAGGAAGCCGAUGGCUACAGCCCCAGCUCCUCGGCCGCCAGCACCAUAGUUGCGCCGCAGAACAAGCUUCAACAUGAUAUCCGGGCGAUAUGGGCCGGUGUGCUGGGCAUGGCUGACGAGGACAUUGGAAUCCACAACAGCUUCUUCCGCAUCGGCGGCGACUCCAUCACAAGCAUGCAAGUUGUUGCUCGGUGCAGGAGUGCUGGGAUUGACAUUACUAUGCGGGACGUUUUCAAGCAUCGCACUAUUUCGCAGCUGGCGUUGCAUGCUACUCGUAUAGACGAGGGAGAGAAAAGGGCUCUCCCGGGCGAAGAGGAGGCGGAUGUUGGCUUGGAUCACGCGGUUAGCUUAUCGCCCAUUCAGCAAAUGUACUUCGACUAUGCUCUCGAGAAUCCGAAUCAUUUCUCGCAGAGCGUGUUUCUGCACUUGGAAGGACCUGGUGUGGGUGGUGCUGAAUCCAUGGCCCGUGCUCUGGCUGUGAUUGUCGAGACUCAUCCCAUGCUACGGGCUCGCUUUGAGAAAUCCAGCGACGGCACAUGGAGACAGCGAGUCAAGGGGAAUGCAGAUCAGAGUAACUACCGGUACCAUCAUCACGGUGUCAAGUCGCAGGCGCAGAUCAAAUCCAUCUGCAGCGCCAGUCAACAGGCUCUGGAUAUCCGACACGGGCCUCUACUGAUCGUAGACCAGUUUGAGCGAGAUGACGCAACGAAGUGGCUCUUCCUUGUUGCACAUCACCUGGUUAUUGAUCUCGUGUCAUGGAGGGUGGUUCUGGCCGACCUCGAGCAGCUGCUUACUACCGGGGAACGGCCCAAGGUCCCCCCGACUUCAUUCCUCCGGUGGUGUCAGUUACAAGCCGAUUAUGCUGCUCGGCUUUCCGCGCCGCACCAGGUAGAGGAGGACCAAGAGACUGAUAUCAGUGCAUACUGGGGAAAAGAUGUGACCAGAAACACGCACCGAGACGUGGACAGAUACGCCUUGAUCCUCGACAAGCAGACGAGUGAGCUCUUGCUCACCAAGGCCAACAUCGCUCUGAACACGCAGCCCGUAGAGAUCGUCCAGGCCGCGCUGCUGCACUCGUUUGUACACCUCUUCCCGGACCAUCCAGCCCCCAUCAUCUUCUCCGAAGGCCACGGGCGCGAGCCAUGGGAUGCUACAAUCGACAUCACCAGAACAGUCGGCUGGUUCACCACUAUCUGUCCAGCUCAAGUAUCCCUAGGUGCAUCUGAGGACUUUGUCACCGCACUACGACGCACCAAGGAUGCCCGUCGCAGGUCUCCCGCCAACGGAUGGGAACACUUCACCGCGCGGUAUCUCCAUCCGCAAGGCCCAAAGACCAUGAAGGGAAUGGAGAUUCUGUUCAACUAUCAAGGCCGCUAUCAGCAGCUAGAGCGACCGGACGCCAUGCUGAAGAUUGACAUGGCAAAUCAAUUUACCGCUGGGGAUGUCGCUCCUGACAUGCAGCGGUUUGCGCCUAUUGAGGUAUCAGCGCAGGUGGCCGAUGACUGCUUGCGAGUAGAAUUCCAAUUUAAUCGCCACAUGCGGCACCAGGACCGUCUAUAUCAGUGGGGGCCGGUUUGUGAGCGGUCUCUGCGCCAGGCAGCUGCCCAGCUGACUGACAUGUCUGGACAUAUCCAAACCGUGUCUGAUUUCCCUCUCGGAUCCUCCCAUGUGACGUCCGACUUGCUGGAUGAGACCCUGCGUACAAUGCGAACGAGACUAGCUAACGGCCGUCAGCUCAUUGUGCAGGACGUCUACCCCUGUACCCCGAUCCAACAGGGGAUGCUCAUGGGAUACACCCGCACACCAUGGCAUUACGAACAGGUUCUCACCUGGAGGGUUGUCGGUGCCUCGCUGAGGGACGUAGCCCGACUGCAGGCAGCGUGGCAGCACGUUGUGAAUGCACACCCCGCCCUUCGCACUGUCUUUUUGCAGACCUCCGACGGCCACAUCGAGCAGCUGGUCUUGCAAGAUUACACACCUGUGGUCCGGAUUCACAAGGACAGCAGCCAUCAAUCUCACGCACCCGAGCCCGAGCCAGUUUCACUGGAUGCGCUCAAACCGCUACAUGAGCUGCAUGUCCACACCUCGUCAACAUCAGGAGACGUCAUGCUCCGACUCCAUAUAAAUCAUGCGCUCGUGGACGGAACGUCGACGAAAAUCCUCCGGCGGGACCUUGUCUGCGCUUACGAGGGACAGCCGCUGCCGACAAUGAUGCUUGAAUCACAGUCCUAUCGCGACUACGUCGAGUACAUGCUCACCCAGGCUGCCAGUCUCAAGUCACAUCAGUACUGGCAAUCCCAUCUGCAGGGAGCCCUUCCGUGCCUCGUACCCUCUCUCCAAGGCCACGACGGCAGCAACGAUCUUCCACAGAGUGUCAGUACUAUCAGAUCCUUCACCAUGGAGCUAGGACCAACCGAGGCCCUGGAUACCUUCUGUGAAGUCCAUGAACUGGCACUGACCGUAUUGUUCCAUGUCGCCUGGGCCCUUGUGGUCAAGCAGUAUACGGCAUCUGAAGACGUUUGUUUCGGCUACAUCGCGUCUGCACGGCACGCGCCUGUGCAGGGUAUUGAUGAUAUGGUUGGCCCACUUAUCAACAUGCUGGUUGGCCGCAUCGAUAUGCCGGCUGGCAUGACCCUGUUAUCGGUGCUGCAGCAGUAUAACAGAACAUAUCUGCAUAGCCUGGAGCAUCAGCAUCAGCCUCUCGCGGAGGCUUUGAAUGCCAUUGGGUCGACCUCGGGCGAGCUUUUUAACACCUUGCUUACAGUCCAGUACCAGCAAGACCCCCGGAAGGAUGCAGCUGGGGAUCCGUCAGGCAUAGUCCUGCUCGACGAGGAUAUGGAGGAUAAAUCAGAGUACCCUGUCACACUCAAUGUCGCAGUCUUUCCGGACCGUGUUGAGCUGCUCUUCUCCCAUCACACGGCGCACAUGAGUGAUUGGUAUGCAGCCCGUAUGGCCCGAUGCUUCCGGCACGCUCUCGCCGAGGUCCUCACGCACCCUUCUCUGCCUGUUGGCGAGAUUCAGGUUGUUGAUGACAGUCAGCGGCAACAAAUCCAGCAGCGGAACGAGCCACUUGCCGACCCGGUCGAUACCUGCGUGCAUCAUAUCAUCCAUCAACGAUGCCUUGAUUCCCCAGCCUCCGCGGCAGUCUGCUCCUGGGACGGGGAAUUCACUUACGAAGAAUUGGACACGGUAUCGUCGGCGUUGGCAGAGGAGCUCAUCGAUUAUAGCAUCGGCGUGGACACGACGGUUCCAGUUCUGCUGGAAAAGUCUCGAUGGGUGCCGGUCGCCGUCCUUGGUAUCCUCAAGACCGGCGCAUCCUUUGUGCUAAUGGACGCUUCGCACCCUGAAGCCAGACUACGCGGUCUAUGUGAGGACGUUCAGGCGCCACUGAUCCUGGCGUCACGGGGGACCUUCUCCAAGGCAUCGAACCUCGCACCCCAGGUCGUUUGUCUUGGUGAGCGACUGCUUGGGGAGAUAGCAUGCCCCCAUCCGGCUCGGUGGACCCGAGUCCCAGUCUGUGCAAGCAACGCGGCCUACACGGUGUUUACCUCGGGCUCAACAGGGAAGCCCAAGGGCGCAAUUUUGGAUCACUCAUGUCUAGCGACGGCGGCAAAGCAUUUGCAUUCUUGCAUGUACAUGAACUCUGCGUCACGGGUUCUACAGUUCUCCUCGCACGCGUGGGACAUUGCCGUAGCAGAUAUUGUACUGACACUGCUUGCCGGUGGAUGUGUCUGCAUCCCUUCGGAAGAGGAACGCACCGGCGACAUUGCGGCAGCCGCCAACCGGAUGAGAGUCAAUUGGGCCAUCCUUACCCCUACAGUGUCACGGCUGGUCAAGCCUGGGGACCUCAAGCACCUGCAGACUCUGGUCCUUGCGGGAGAGCCCUUGUCACCAUCGGACCUGGCCAUCUGGCACGAUAAAGUCCGGCUCAUUUCAGCCUAUGGCCCGGCCGAGUGCUGUCCCAUCAGUACAGUUUCCGAACCCCUGACCGCGUCCAGCAAUCCUCGAGAUAUUGGACGACCCCCAGCUAAUGUGGCAUGGAUUGUGGACCGGGAUAACCACGCCCGCUUAGUCCCCGAGGGCGUUGUAGGCGAACUACUUUUGGAAGGACCGACUGUUGGUCGUGGGUAUGUGAACAAUGCCCAACAGACUGCCGCCGCGUUUAUCGAUCCUCCGCUGUGGCUGCGGGGUUCACGACACGGUCAGUCUUCCACGCGGUUGUACAAGACCGGUGAUCUUGCUCGUUUUAACCCGGACGGGCGUCUCAUCUUUGUUGGACGCAAGGACAAUCAGAUCAAGAUCCGUGGGCAGCGGCUUGAACUAGGUGAGGUCGAGGCUCAGGCCGGCAUUGCCUUCUUGAACAGGGACGUGACGGUGGAGCUUGUAGGGCAGGCAGACGAUGCAUUCCUGGUGGCAUUUGUGCACCCGAUGGCGGAUGACCACGAAUCACCAGCAGCUGGUACCGGGAGUUUGCUGCGGCAACCGCACUCCCAGCAGUUUCAAGAGUCUGUCCGGGCAGCCAUAUCCACUCUCCGCAAAGCCCUGCCAUCGUACAUGGUUCCUACAGCCUUCUUGCCCUUGGCCUGGGUGCCUAAAUCGCCUACAGGCAAGACAGACCGCAAAAGGCUGAUUGAGCUGGCCGCUUCCCUGUCGCAGAGUGAGCUCGACGUCUACAGCGGCACCAAUGCUACACGGCGUACGCCUUCGACACCCCUGGAGGCUCAACUGCAGGACCUCGUAGCGCGGGUGUUGAAAAGGUCGCCGGGCAGCAUCGCAUUAGAUGAAGACCUGUUCCACACUGGACUCGACUCACUCAGGGCCAUGACAUUGGCGUCCUUGGCCGCAAAGGAGGGCCUGAAGCUUCUCGCUCUCACCAUCUUCCAACAUCCGCGACUCUCUCAGUUGGCGGCUGUGCUUGAAGAGGGCGCCAGAGCAGCAGCAGUCUCGUCGGCGACCUCGUCGAGCCCGCAAUCAACCCCCAACCCGCUCCUGGGCUCAGUCGAUGUCCUCUGCACCAAGUGGAAGAUCGAUCGCAGCCAGGUCGCGGAUGUUCUGCCCACCACCUUUUACCAACGCGGGUCUCUUGACUGUCAGCACUUGGCGCACAUGGUCUUGACCUUUUCACACCCGGUGGAUCUGGCCCGAUUGCAGAGUGUCGUUGUCGCCGCGAUCCGCCACUACGACAUCCUUCGGACCGUCUUCGUCCCCUUUGAGAAUACCACGGUUCAACUAAUCCUGCACAAGAUGAGUCUGCCCACCGUUGAAAUCCAGACAGACAAAGACCUGCAAUCGACGGUGCAAUCCCUUUGCCAACAAGAUAUCCAGACCCCCAUCCCACCGGGCCAUCCCGUGACUCGACUGUUCUUCAUCAUCUCCCGAAAACAAGACGACAACCACCUUGCCAUGAUUUUGAGACUCCACCAUGCCCAGUACGAUGGAGUCUCCAUCCGGCGCAUCCACAACUACAUCACCGCCGCCUACGAAGAUCCCACCCACCCCCCGCUCACCACGGCCGGCUACGCUGACUUUCUCAACGCCCGCAGACAUCACCAGCACGCCUCAACAUUCCAGUUUUGGCGAGACCUGCUCCACGGCUCGACCAUGACCUGCCUCGCACCAGGAGGGGGCCAUAUCUCCACUACGACCCAUCGCCACCGCAUGGACCUCCUCGUCACCAGCGCGCGCGAGAUCCCCAGACCCCGUCUCCAGCCGGGCCUCACAAUGGCCACAUACCUCAAAGCCGCAUGGGCGCUUGUCCUCGCCGCGCAAACGCACAUACACGAUCUCGUCUUCGCCCAGCUCGUCAGCGGGCGCAACCUGCCCGUGCCGGACAUCGAUCGCAUCGUAGGCCCCUGCAUCAACUACAUCCCCGUGCGAGUCACCCUGCAACCCACCUGGACCUGCAGCGAGCUCCUGCGCAACGUGCAAGCGCAGCAUAUCCGCACCAUGGCACACGACGCGGUCGACUUUGAUGAGCUCGUCGCCCGGAGCACCGCGUGGCCGGCCGGCACGGAGAUCGGAACGGGCGUCCACUUCCUGCACGGCGACCGGUUCUGGGACGAGGUCCGCGCGGUGGACGGGGUGGAGUGUCGGAGUCAGCAUAUUGAUUUCAAGCUCCUGCAGACGUAUCCCAUGCUCACUUGUACUGGGAGUCCCGAUGCAGAGGAAGCGACGGGGCGGUCGGUGCUAGGCGUGGCGCUGACCAGCGCUGUCUUUGGGCAGGAGGUUGCGGAUCGCGUUUUCGAGGUCUUUUUGGGCAUGCUAGAUUACUUGACCACGACCCCGGAGAGGUUGGUUGCGGAGGUGAUAGCCUGA